AAGUUACAUUAAAUAGUUUUAGUCCAAAUCCGCGCAAAUAUUUUUGGAUAUAAACCCGAUCUAUGUUGACUAAACCGCAAUGCCGGAAAUCGUAAGCUGGCACUUUCUGCUGCCCCUAUGGGCUCUGUUGCAAGUGGCCAUGUGCCAACCGUAUCAGAUACCGCAUCGUUGCUCGAAUCGUUUGGAAAAUGCUUUGGAGCACAUGCGACGCCGCAGCAUCCAGUCCAAGACCUCCUCCGAUCACACUCGAUCGCGAGCCAUGUGGGAGCCCCCACCACAAAGUCCCUACCAGCUCUAUCACAGCUUCUACGGCCAGCAUAGUGAGCCGGAGGACGAUUUUUACAACGUAGGUGGAUCGUACAACACCGGACGUGGCUAUCAUGCAAAGCUUCUGCAUCGAACCGGACGUCCAUAUCCCUUUUCCGAUUCUAGUAGCGCUCUGGAGCUGGAGGACUUGCUCUCGAUCAACCAACAGUACCAGCAUAAACCACAGCAACAGCAUUUUAACCACCGGCAGCCCCACAAGCUGGAUAUUUCCCGGGUGGAUGUGGAGGAUUUGAAGGUGCGAGUGCCACCGGCAAAGUCCUCUAACCGUUGGGUAGAGAUCGACAAGUGCAAGUUCAGCACAGAGAACUCCACUCUGGAUACCCGCCUGAUUUUUCCGGACCUCACGCUCAGUGGAAAAGUGGUGAUGCAACCGAUGGGGGGCAAGUGUCACAUGAUUUUGAGGCUACGGCAUGCCGGUAUUGAAUUUCGCACAGUGCCGUUGGGCUUCGAUCCUGGAUCGGGACAAUCCACCUACGAGCAGUCGCGGAGGUUAGGAGCAGCUUCCGUUAGGACGGACUCGCACUUUGCAGAGCCGGGAUUCAUAUCUGUGUUUGCCCAUGGCUGCCAGGGGCCCAGUGGCAUUCGCUUGCGCCAGAACUCCAAGCGGAGAUUUAGUGGGGCUCCGGAAGUGGAGCUAGGUGAACCACAUGUGAUUAUGGGAACUGACCGAAAGGAGAGUCAGCGCUGGGGCAAGUUCCACAACCAGCAGCAGCACCCGGCCUAUGACAUCAGGCAGGGACAGAAUCCCCAGAGGGACCACAGUCUGGAGCUGGGCAGUGACAGCCAUGCCCAGGACUCUGGUGAAUUUGUAGAUGUCAAUGGCGACAACUUCUACCGGCGGCAAUUCAGCAAAAAAAGGAGACGCCGCCGGCGGUACGCCCGUGAACUACUCGAGGACCAAAUGAACUUCAGCGAGGAUGUGCUCCACUUCCAGGACGAACAGCUGCAGCAGCUGGUGGAGCCGGAUGCUCGGGCUUUUGCUGAUAUAUUUAGCGGCAGUGGAGCAGCUGGUGGCCCAGCCAGCGGAGAUCGCGAAGAGCUAGUGGGGGAGGCCAUGUCGCACGAGCUGGAGAAGCUGUUCUCAAUGGGUGUGCGAGGCCUUCUGACCACCUACAUGCAGCGAGCCCUGCAGCCGGCCAUCAAGGAAACCCUGAUGGAGAACAUGGGCUACACCCUGAGCUAUGGCUGAGCCUGGCUGGGGUAUCCUUAGGUUUAUUUUUAAGCCCUCUAUUUAUGUCUGAUGCAGCAAAUAUAAAGCUUUAAGCGCACCGGGUUGUGUAAUCUUACCAAUUUAGCCGUAUCCAUUGAUAAUAUCGAUCAGGC